CAUCAGCAGCCUUAAGCUUCAUCCUAUCUAGCUCUACCCCAAGCCUUUCCUCCCAUCAUGUGCUACAUCCACGGAAACACAGAUCCAAGGUCUCAUGUAUGUCCCAUGUGCAAAGUCUUUAAGCCGAGCGGGGCAAGAUGUCCCCACGUAAGGGACGUUUGUUACAAUCGGGCCCUACACCCUCAACAUGACAUCGUGUAUAUUAAGAAUGCAGAAGUCAAGGCUUUUAACGGGUGCGGAUACUGCAAGUGGGCCAAAGUAAACCCCCCAACGAAGCUAUCUGGAAACCCAAACCCUGGAUGGCCGGGAUGUUGUCGUCCCCCUUCCGCCAGUGAGCAGCGUUUCGUAGGGCCCGCGGAUUGGCCCACUGUGAGCAUUGUCCAUGGAGUUCCCAUACCGCCGGAGAUAAAGAGCGUAUUGGAUUCUCUGGCCGCCAAAGGCAGCUCCAUUCCGGGGCUCACUACCAUUCGACUCCCGGCCCAGCAACCAUCUAUCCCUCCUCUGGAUCGUCGCAAUAGCGGGAGCAACGUGAAUGGCAAACCCGCAUCGCCUUCAGCCAAAUAUCAGACGCUAGCAGCCUCCGCGAGAGGGAGAUCGGAUGGAAGUCCCACUCAGCAAACUUAUUCGCUGGCAAACUCCAGCCCUCGAGCAUCAUCUACGAACAUAGUUCUCAAUGAUACCCCGCGACGGCAACAAACGUAUCCCGAAGGCGGCGGAGAACGAUCCCGGAGCUCUACCAUUCGACGGUCUACUGAAAUGGAUGGUUCUGUGUCACGCCGGCCAAGUGGUCGUUCCUCGGCCUCCUCGGUGCUCCCCCCUUCUGUUAUGAAGAAGUCAGGCAAUGAGUUGCAGAGUACUCAGCGUUCCUCUCCGAGCAACGACUCAGUGUCCCAGAUCACUACUUCCGUCCGGAAGAUGGGAUUGGCCCCCUCCUCGGCGGAUCAUGAUUCUCAUUCAGAGAGUAGUAGCGACAGUGGCAGCUCAAACGGCUCAUCAUCCGACACGACUGUGGUCUCUGACGGCGCAUUCACCGAUUACCUAUCUGAUGAAUCCGAUGCUGAAUUGCAGCGGCAAGCCGAGGCGAAGGCAAGAUUGGCCGCGCACAAUCAGGCUGAAGAGCUCGAGUUCAGAGCUGCACGUCAGCAGCUCGCUGGAGUGGGCUUGCGUCCUCCCCAGGCUUGGGAUGAUACCAACAGUAACCGAGCGAUGAACCAUUAUGCGCCGUUCUCGAACAGUAGUUAUAAUUCUGCGCCAGUCGCCCACCAGGCCCGUGGAUGAAUGGAGGUGGAGAAAUGACGCUCGCACUGUAGGCAGUGGCAUGCAAUUGACGACGCACACCAAUUUGAUGGUUAUGUUGUGGCGGGGUGUUUCAUGGGUUUUGAUCAUGCUUUCCUGUUGUUCUGUAUGCUUUGUGUAACAUAUCGAUGUUCGCCACUGUACAGUUGUAUGUUUUUCAGGUUCAUCACGUCAGCACAUAUAGGAAUCCAACGUUGCGAUACGCAUUU